CAACAGUGGUGCUCGAACUUUGACAUUUGAUAGAAGUCCCCAAAAUAUAGAAAAUGAUUCGGAGCCGUUCGCGUUACUUUGUGAAUCAGUACCAGCAAUUUUCAGGGACGUUAUCCAAUGUUGAAUAUUUAAGAGAUCUAGUGAAAAGGGUCUUGCAACUGAUCGAAGAGAAAAGUCCUCCGCAGAGAGCAAGCCGAGAUGGCGGUCUUUAUGUAGGAGCUGGUGGUAUAGGCUACGCUUUCUUUUCUGUAGCGGAGUGCACAGAGUUUUUGAACAUUCGUGAACAAUGCCUUGGAAAAGCCUUGGAGUACAUGAAGGUUAGUCUAGAAGAGGUAUCAACAACGUCUCCCUAUGAUGAUGGUAUUGGGGCAUCAUUUCUCCUAGGACAUGCUGGGAUUUAUGCAGCAUCAGCACUAGUUUUCAAUGCUUUGGGGUGUCAGCAAGAAACAGAACAGUGUAUCCAGAAUUAUCUGGAGAUGGCUAAAAUCUGCCAGCCACUGAAUUUCUUUCGUCCUGGUUCUGAUGAACUGUUUGUUGGUAGAGCUGGUUACUUAUGUGGGUCACUUCUCUUGAACAAAAAGCUUGGCAGGACUGUGGUACCUCCAGAAGUCACCAGACCCUUGUUUGAUGCCAUCAUAGAGUCUGGGCGACAGUAUUCACAGAGUCACCAGUCACAAAGCCCACUCAUGUACUCAUACUACAGGACAGAGUACUUAGGGGCAGGUCAUGGACUUUCAUCCAUUUUACAAAUGCUGCUUAGUUUCCCAGAACAUUUUAGCAAAAGAAAAGAUGUUGAAUCUCUCAUUCAUCAAGCUGUCGACUACGUGCUCGCAUGUGAAUGUUCUAAUGGAAACUACCCACCUGUUCCUAGAGAGGUCAGUCACCAAGAAGAUGAGCUGGUACAUUGGUGCCAUGGUGCUCCAGGGGUUGUUUAUCUUUUGGCCAAAGCUUAUCUUACCUGGAAAGAUGAUAAAUACUUGCAGGCCAUGAGGAGGUGUGCUGAUCUUACCUGGCAGAAGGGAUUGUUACGCAAAGGGCCAGGGAUAUGUCAUGGUGUGGCAGGGAGUGGAUACGUUUUCUUAUUGCUCUAUCGUCUGACCAAAGAAGACCAAUACCUUUAUCGUGCGCAGAAGUUCUCGGAAUUUAUGCAGACAGAAGAGUUUCAAAAGGGAGCAAGAACUCCGGACUCACCAUUCAGCUUAUAUGAAGGAUUGGCUGGAACUGUGUGCUUUUACGCCAAUCUUUUAAAUCCUUCCGAGGCGGUUUUUCCAUUCUUUGAAGUCUUCUAGUGAUUGACUAUUUGAAAUACAUUGUCUUAUAUAAGGAUUGAGGGGCCUUAGAGAUUUCCAGUUAAAUGACAAAUGAUAAUAAGGAAAGAGAGAUUUUCCGAGCUGCAGUAUAGUUUGAGCACAGAAAUUUGCAAAUCUGACUCGUUUUUAGAAACCUACUCAAGCAGCAGUUUUACUUUGGUUUUGCUCUUGGAUCUAAAGCGGCAAGGAAAUGGUUUAAAAAUAUUGUAAAAUUUAAAAUUUAGAGAGUUAUGAUCGGGUUGCUUAAAAUAGACCUUAUCCAUGAA